GCUCGAGCGCGCAGACGGCGGGCGGAGGAGGGAAGGAGAAGAGGAGUCCUGUGUCCCCAACCGCUUCAAAUAAUAAAAGAGAAAGAAAACAAAAAAAAAGAAACAGAAAGUGAGGGGGUGGGGUUGAAAUAGUGAAAAAAGCACCUCUUCUGUCGAUGCUUCUUGAUAUUUUCCCCCCCAUUGGGGUUGAGUGAGGGUCCCUGUGUCGAAGGCCCUUGGUGUUGUUGUUGUAGUAGCUGCCUCCCUCCCUUUAUCUUUUGGAAGGCAACUUCUAACCUUAAUUAAUCUUUAUUUAAUCUCCUUUCUCUUUUUUUUUAUUUGUUUUAUUCAGUUAUGAGGGUGUUUGUCUUUACCAGGUAGCAGGGGGAUCUCUGAACCUCCCCCCCCCUUCCAAUUUUUUUUCCUUCCUCCUUUUGAAUUAUUCUCAAUCUAUCUCCAUUAAUAUUUUAAUUUAUCUCUUUCCUCUCUUUUUACUUCAGUCUCUUCCACCCCCCUCCCACCACCACCCUGCUCUUCAAACCCCAACCCCACCAAAAAGCUCAUGAAGCUCGAGAUCCCUGAUGAAGGGCGACUAAAUCUUCCAUUUCUUUUUAAUCAGUUCUUUUUAAACAGCGUCUUGAUCUCCCCUCUAUUGUCAUUAAACUUUCCAGAAGAAAUGAAGGUAAAAGCUCUGAGGAGGAGGGUGUCAGUUGCGUUGAAUUCUUUCAUUUUAUUGUGAUUUGCAUUCUUAUACUCUUUCUCUUUUUAAAAAAAAGAGUAAUUUUUUUGCCCUCCCUUUUCCUUUCAAAAGCUUCUAGGAGAACUGGAGGAAAAAGGCUCUGUGGAAGAGAUAGACAGAGUAAAGCUUCCACAUUUAAAUUUUUCUAUUUUUGUUUUCAUCAGUGUCCUUACUGAUCUGUUUUUCCACUUUUUACUGAAAAAGUUAUCUUUUAUUGAGAUUUUCGCCUCUUUCCUGCUUCACUCCUCACCCUCUCCUUUUUUUCAGCCCCUUAGUUAGAAAUCUUCUGGGACAAAUGAAAGCAAAAUCUCCAAGGAGGUAGAAGGAAUUAAUUUUCUUAAGUUCUUCAUUUUCUUGCUUUUUUAAAAAGCCUUUCUUUCCACUGUUUAGAUAUCUUAAAGAAACUUCUUAAAUUUUAUUGUGCGUGUGUGACAUCUUUCUUUCCCACCCCUGUCUUAUUUCUUUUUCCAACCCUUUCUCCCCCCGAGAGAAUUUUUCGAUAAAAGAAUCCUCCCAGAACAAAUGAAGGAUAAAGCUCCAAAGGGGGAGAGGGAGUAAACAGUCCUUAAGAUAAUUUUGUUUUGUGAUUCCCACCCCCACGUUUUGCAACUGAAGGAAAGCUGCUUAUUUUUGUUUUAAGUCCUUGGAGAAAGUUGCAGGACAGCAAAAGCUCUGAGAAUAGGCCUUUUGUUAAUUUUGUUUUUUUAUAUAAGGCCCUAUAAAUUUCUACACCCCCAUUCAUCAUUGUGCCCUUCUGCUUAAAACAAACUCCACGCUUGCCAAGGAUGGAUUGUGACUGUGGAUCCUGGGCUGUUUUGCGACCUCUCCUUCACUGUGCGUGUGCCUUCUCUUAUUUAAGAAUGUGGUGUCCUGUGACUGCCCGUCACCUGUUUGAAAUCUGAAGAAGGAGGCUGCGCGUUUAUUACUCUGAAGGGCAAACCGUGUCUGAGCGUCGGUCAAGAUGCCAGUGUCGAAGGUGCCAAGGAACCAUUCGGCUGCCAUAUCUUAAAUUAAAGGAACUGCUUCGGAGGUCGUCCGAUUGUGACGACAACAGGGGAGAAGGAGGUCUCUCUCUUUCUUUUGGAAUCCCUGAAACUCUCUAAUUUUGUUUUGGUGGAGUGAUGGCAACGGACCCAGGAGAUCCCACCGGUCCGGAGGAUUCCAGCAAACCGGGAGGGGCGCCCAGCAGCUCCGGGCAGGCGCCCGCUGACUCUGGAUCUGGCUCUGGCUCAGGUUCAACCCCAGCCCCUGACAAGGUGGAGAAGGCUGGCGACGGCAGUCCCCCGGGCCUCCCGGCGCGACUGGACCGGGACGCCGAGAACCACCGCUUCGUGCGCAGGAGCGUGGAGCUGGUCGAUCGGGAGCCGGUGGGUGGCCGACAGCCCGAGGGCCAUGCCUGCCCGAGCACCCCUGAGGGCCGGAGUGAGCUGGCAACACCCCGAGGGCCUGCCCCAGAGGGUCCCAAGGAGGUGGCCCGCGAGAGGACGGAGAAGGAGAAUGAGGAGGAGGCCGAGAUGAAGGCGGUCGCCACCUCUCCGGGAGGCCGCUUCCUGAAAUUUGACAUUGAACUCGGGCGAGGAGCCUUUAAGACCGUGUACAAGGGCUUGGAUACUGAGACCUGGGUUGAGGUUGCUUGGUGCGAACUGCAGGACAGGAAGCUUACCAAAGCCGAGCAGCAGCGAUUCAAGGAGGAGGCGGAAAUGCUGAAGGGUUUGCAGCAUCCAAACAUUGUGCGGUUUUACGACUCCUGGGAGUCGACACUGAAAGGGAAGAAAUGCAUUGUGCUGGUCACAGAGCUGAUGACGUCAGGAACCCUGAAGACUUACUUGAAGCGGUUCAAGGUGAUGAAGCCGAAGGUGUUGCGGAGCUGGUGCCGACAGAUCCUGAAGGGCUUGCACUUCCUCCACACCCGCACACCGCCCAUUGUCCACCGGGAUCUGAAGUGCGACAAUAUCUUCAUCACUGGACCCACCGGAUCCGUCAAGAUUGGCGAUCUGGGCCUUGCUACCUUAAUGCGCACAUCCUUCGCCAAAAGUGUGAUCGGCACUCCAGAGUUCAUGGCCCCGGAGAUGUACGAGGAGCACUACGAUGAGUCCGUCGACGUUUACGCCUUUGGAAUGUGCAUGCUGGAAAUGGCUACCUCCGAAUACCCUUACUCAGAGUGUCAGAACCCUGCCCAGAUCUAUCGCAAAGUCACCAGCGGCAUUAAGCCAGCGAGCUUCAACAAAGUCAGCGACCCAGAAAUCAAAGAAAUUAUUGAAGGAUGUAUCCGGCAGAACAAGACGGAAAGGUUGGCCAUCAAGGACCUGCUGAGCUACGCCUUCUUUGCCGAGGAUACCGGCCUACGGAUUGAGCUGGCCAAGGAAGACAGCGGGCAGGACAGCUCGCUGGCACUGCGGAUCUGGGUGGAGGACCCCAAGAAGCUGAAGGGCAAGCACAAGGAUAACGAAGCCAUUGAGUUCAGCUUCGACCUGGAACGGGACACCCCCGAGGAGGUGGCACAGGAAAUGGUCAAGUCAGGGUUCUUCCAUGAGAACGACUCCAAGCUGCUGUCCAAGUCCAUCCGAGACCGGGUCUCGUUCAUCAAGAGGAAGCGGCAGAGGACGCAGCAGAUGAGGGAGGUGGAGGAGCAGGAGAGGCUGCGGUCCCAGAUGGAGCAGUCUGCCGCAGCCUCCCAGUCCGCCACAGGCUGGCAGCCCAGUCUGCCCGAAUCCGAGGAUCCUGAGGUCGAUCAACACGCGCAGCAGAGCAAGCUGCUGAUGGCCACUGCCUCACUGGACGCCGUCACAGACAGCAACCUGGGGCCCGACCCGCGGACAGGAGCUGCAGGGCCCGCUGUGGUCUCUGAGGAAAACCUGUGCCCACAGCACCUCUCCUCGGGCUCGAGUGUGGAGUCCCAUCCCGUGUCCCUCAGCCACCAGCCAUCUCAACAGCAACAGCAAGUGAUGAGCAACUACCCGCAAUCUGUGGCGCCCACACCGCACCAGGCAACCCCUGACCCCCAGCGACCGGCAAGACACGUGCAGGAUUCUCUCGGUGGGACCCCCGAGACCCCCGUCAAGGAUAGCUCCAACGGCAGCGAUCCAGCCAACGGCAAGCCAGAGAAAGCCCCGAAGACCCCGCUGCGGAGGACAUCGUGUGCCCGGGAACGGCUGGACAGGUCCACCAAGUUCCAGCUGACCGUCCUGCAGGUUUCCGAUGUCGGAGACAAUCUGGUGGAGUGUCAGCUUGAGACCCACAAUAACAAAAUGGUCACCUUCAAGUUUGACGUGGACGGCGAUGACCCUGAAGACAUAGCUGUUUACAUGGUGGAAAGUAACUUCAUGCUGGAGGUCCAGAAGCCAAAGUUCAUCGAGGAAAUGCGGGCCAUCAUCGCGACUUCCCAGGAAAUGCUGAGCAACCCAGUGGAGGGAGAGCGGGGCACAGACACGGCUGCCCAUCACCCCCCAGCGGACCUGGGUCAGUCCGACAGCGGGGCGCACGUAGGUGCAGAACAGUUGCAGAUGAGCCAAGCAGUCUCUCAGACAUGCGGUGAAGGAAUCCAGCAAUCUUCUUCUGUCGGCCGCUGGCGAUUCUUCAUCAACCAGACGAUAAAGAGCCGCGAGGCGGAUGGGCAGGUGGAUACAGCACAGCAGGGCCCACCGACCCAGACUCAGACCCAGACGGAGGCGGAAGCGGACAAUCUCAGCCAAGAACCGAUCCAGUUGACGAGCUCCAACUCUCUGGAGGACAUCAAGCAAAUUCCCCUGGACUGUUCGGUGAGCAGUGCAGUCCAUCCGGAGCAGACAGUGAGACGGUCCUGUGGCACUUCAUCGUCAUCUUCCUCCUCCAGCGGUGAUGACUGCCCAGCGGCCGACAACAGCACCACCCCGCACCCAGUGCAGAGCCUUGAAAGCUGCCCGUCUGCGCCACCCGGAGGGGACCCUCCCUCCUCCUCCGUGUCGUCUUCGUCGUCGUCCUCCUCCUCCUCCUCCUUCUCUGCGCCCGAGCCGGACAGCGAGAGGCCUCCCAAGGUGGGCUUCGCCGACAACCGCAUCAGGACCCUGGAUGAGAAGCUGCGCACGCUGCUGUUCCCGGAGCCCGGUGCCUCCGACUCACCGCGCCCGGCAUGUCCCAAUGAAGCUUCGGAGGCCGGACCGCCCCAGGAGCAGGAGCAGGAGCCACGCUGCGAACCUCCGGAGCAGGGCUCCCCUCUGUCUGCCAACCGCAACGGCCAGGAGGCAGGCAACCCCUCGGCUGGGUGCCCAUCUGUCAGUCCGCCCGAAAAGCAUCCUGUGCAGCAGCCUGAGAAGAGCAUCUCUGAGCCGUCGGAGCCUGGGACCCAGGCCUGCCAACCACCCAGCGGAGCGGCGCAGCACCAGAGUGGAGCUGGAGACAGUCGGAGCACCAGGGGAGCUGUCGAUCCAAGCCCUUCGGAGCAAGGUGGCUCAUUCAGUGUCUUCCUGGACAGUCAGCUGACCAUGCCGCGACAGACUGGCCGCUUUCAGGUUUCUGCUGCUGCUCUGCACCCUGAGGGUGCUGCUCCUUUCGAUGACCCGGAGCUCUGUGCCCUGACAGUCGACACGAAGGAUGACGCUGGGGCGGACAGCAAGCCGAGGUCAGGGAGCCUGCCCGCGGGCGGCGUGCAGGCAGAGAUGGCGGUGCCUUUCCCAUCAGGCAGCACCUCGGACCCUCGGGAUGACCAGGUGGCGGCGCCGCCUGGCUGGAGCGAGAGCCCGGUCAGCCGGGAGGACGGUGGGGCUGCUGGGAAUAUCCAGCCUGCCGCUGGUCACUGGCUGGUGGAGGUGCAGAGGGCCGGUGCUGUCUGUAAGCAGCCGAGUACAGAGAGUGAGCUGUCUGCUCUGGCCGAGCCCUGCGAGUGGCAGAGUGUGGCCUCCCGGCAACUUCCUGAGGCUGCUGACCUCGACCCGACUGGCUGUGAUUCCCCCACCUCCCCCUCCCCCAUGAGCAGCGACAAUGAAUCCGAGGUGGAGGACGAUGACCUGAAACGGGAGCUGCAGAACCUCCGGGAGAAGCACAUCAAGGAGGUUGUGUGCCUGCAGGCACAGCAGAACCAGGAGCUGCAGGAACUGUAUGAAAGGCUGCAGCUUCCCAAGGAGUCAUGUGAGGACUCGGUGCAGGCAGCUUCACCGCCUGGCAGGCGCCAAAGGGCUACCAAGGGCAAGAGCCGUCCCGUCAAGUCUCACUCCAUGAGUAGCACCCUCACUAGCACAGGACCCUUCUGCAACCUGGCCGUGUCCAGCCCCCAGCACGUGGCAGGAGCCAAGAAGGGCACCUUCACGGACGACCUGCACAAGUUGGUGGAUGACUGGGCCAAGGAGAGGAUCGGAGCUGCCUGCCUGAAGCCCAGCCUGAACAUGAUCCGUGAGAUUCAGAACAGGCACGACCUCGAAUGCUGGCAGCAGCAGCAGCAGCUCUGUGACGGAGUCUCCCAAACGUGUACCGUCUGGAUGGUGCCCACGUCGCAAGGUCAGGGGUCACAGCCUGCCACCAUUGCCCCGGUGAACUCUCACCCCAGCCCGGCGGCCCCGUACUCCCUCCCGCACAGGUGCCCGUACUCGGGACUGGCCAGAGCAGCGUACCAGGCUCAGCGGGUCGGGCUGCCGGCCUGCUGUGGGCCCCCUCACGGGGCAGCUCCCCCUCCUCCUCCUCCUCCUCCCCCUCCCCCACCCGCCACACAGCCGCCUCUGCCGCCAACGGCCCCGUACCUGACCAGCAGCGGGGGAGGAGCCGUUCAGACCUCAACAACAGCGGCCGCACGCUCCAAGUGAGAGGCAGACUCCAGGACAACGUCGAGAGAGAAAAGGACACCACCCUCAGUAGAUGUGUCACUGCCGGCUGCAGAGAAGGGGGACCGAGAGGAGAAAAAUGAGCCGCAAUCCCAGCGGCCCUCAUCCCCAACCCCGCUCUCCCCAGCGGUACCCUGCACGGAGGGAGAGAGCCCGUUACCCAUCGAGGGUAUCCUGCUGGAGUGGGGAGAGAGAGAGAGACGUUGGCCUGUCACGCAUCGGGCUGGAUCCUGUGGUCUGGGUGAGGGGAGCGCUGAAGGGAUACCGAGGUGGGGUGGGGAGUUUGUUUGUUUGUGCCUUCUUAACCGGCCCCUCCCCCUUUCCACCCCCUUCCCCGUCUUCCCCCAACCCAAACCUGCCGCAAGGCCAGGGUGAGCCAUUCAGAGACCGAAUCCCCUCGCUGUCUCCCUGCAUUGACACAGCGCCUCAAAGCCGCUAUCUCCCUGAGACACUGGGAAUCGAAUAUCUCCUCUACACCUCCCUCCUCUCUCAACCCCCAAAGAGGAUCGCCACUCACCCACCCCCUCCAUGUUUCGGGGUUCAAUGGGGUUCAAUUUUUCUAGAAGGUGAACGCUCCAGGAUUCCUAUCCCACUCCUUCUCCUCCUCCCAGUACCUGGCAUCAUCCUACAGGACCAGGGUAACCCUCUACACACGGACACUCCCCGUACACACGGACACUCCCCGUACACACGGACACUCCCCGUUCCCGGGGUAACCUCGUACACACGGACACUCCCCGUUCCCGGGGUAACCCCCUACACACGGACACUCCCCGUACACACAGACACUCCCCGUUCCCAGGGUAACCCUGUACACACGGACACUCCCCGUUCCCGGGGUAACCCCCUACACACGGACACUCCCCGUACACACAGACACUCCCCGUUCCCGGGGUAACCCCGUACGCACGGACACUCCCCGUACACACGGACACUCCCCGUUCCCGGGGUAACCCCGUACGCACGGACACUCCCCGUACACACGGACACUCCCCGUUCCCAGGGUAACCCUGUACACACGGACACUCCCCGUUCCCGGGGUAACCCCCUACACACGGACACUCCCCGUACACACAGACACUCCCCGUUCCCGGGGUACCCCCGUACGCACGGACACUCCCCGUACACACGGACACUCCCCGUUCCCGGGGUAACCCCGUACGCACGGACACUCCCCGUACACACGGACACUCCCCGUUCCCGGGGUACCCCCGUACGCACGGACACUCCCCGUACACACGGACACUCCCCGUUCCCGGGGUAACCCCGUACACACGGACACUCCCCGUACACACAGGCACUCCCCGUUCCCGGGGUAACCCCGUACACACGGACACUCCCCGUUCCCGGGGUACCCCCGUACACACGGACACUCCCUGUUCUCCCAGCUUCUCCUCCUCUCCCCUCCCCCAGGUGUGUCUCUUCUCACCUGCUCCAGCAUCGUGUUUGGGAAUAAUUUACUUGAAAACGAUGUUGUACUGAGACGAGAGUGUGUGUGUGUGUACCCACCCUACACGUGCACGUGUUUCCUUUAGAAGAAAUUUCUCUGUGCUUUCCAUUUUGGUCUGUGGUGGUAUAUCGCGUUUAUUUUGUGAAUUGAAGACGCCGGGUAUUGUGCACAGAUCCAGGUGAGGCUGUGGUGCUUGGUCACCAACUUCUGUGAGUUUGUUACCUGAAGGACCUUUGUAGGGAUGGACUUUCUGACAAUAUUGUUCCUGAGGUGUGUUGCCUUGGCUUCAAUCCCCAGCUGGGAGUUGUGCGCGGAGUGGGAUUUGAAAAGAGGUGCUAACAUCAGUGCCUUGAUGAUGUGGGGUUUGAGUGCCUGAGAGUGUGGCAGACAGCUGCUGUAAGGCUUGAUGUGACUUUCUGUUUCCCUGCUGACCCAUCAGUCCUGUCUGAGCACAUACCUAAAGCUUUGCUCUCUUUCCCCCCCCCCCCCUCAUUUUUCUGUCUGUCUCUCUGUUUCCGCCCCCCCACACACCCAAUAAUUAUCUUCCUCUCCCUCUCCGGUCCAGUUGUUGGUACUGACCCACUCCUUGCCUUCACAGCUCCAUCUCUGUGUACCCUGGCGAUGCUCUGCUGCUUUUCGGAGGGGGUCCCCAUCCCGCCAGGUAACCUUGGCCCAAUCUGACGAGACUGCGGCCGACUGCAGUCCGGAUCUAUCCUUCCUUCCCUCCUUCCCUCUUUCCUUCCUUCCUUCCCUCCCUCUCCGAACGGUGGAGGGGUGGUUUGGGAAUUCCAUCUGCAGCCGUGUUGCUUCCCUUGUGAUUAUCCAACGCUGUGCUGUUGGAUUGUAAGCAGUGAGUUAUUGCAUUUUAACCUGUUUACUGGAACCCAGUUCCCAGGGGAGUGGAAGGCAUUGUCUUGGGUGUGCUAUGAACGGUGUAAUGGGAGGGCCUGUGAGAUGAGCCUGUCCUGUCGCUGCCCAACUCUGCCCCAGCAUGGGAAUUUGAUCCUCCAUGUGAGGCUGCAUAGAAUUUCAUGCCAUUCUAUCUUAUACUGUGAAAGACGACCAGCGGUGUAGCUCCAUGUUUCUGUCUUUGCAAAUCUGCUUGUGUCUGUUUUUAGGAAAUGCACUUUGUCCUUGAAGGUAGGCUGCAGUACUGGUGGGGACGCGUCUUUGACUGUAUAACACUGGGGUACAGUACUGGUGGGGACAGGUCUGUCCCUGUAUAACACUGGGGUACAGUACUGGUGGGGACGCGUCUUUGACUGUAUAACACUGGGCUGCAGUACUGGUGGGGACAGGUCUGUCACUGUAUAACACUGGGGUACAGUACUAGUGGGGACAGGUCUGUCCAUGUAUAACACUGGGGUAUAGUACUGGUGGGGACAGGUCUGUCACUGUAUAACACUGGGGUGUAAUACUGGUGGGGACAGGUCUGUCCCUGUAUAACACUGGGGUACAGUACUGGGGGGGGACAGGUCUGUCACUGUAUAACACUGGGGUACAGUACUGGUGGGGAACAGGUCUGUCCAUGUAUAACACUGGGGUGCAGUACUGGUGGGGAACAGGUCUGUCACUGUAUAACACUGGUGUACAGUACUGGUGGGGACAGGUCUGUCCCUGUAUAACACUGGGGUACAGUAUUGGUGGGGGACAGGUCUGUCCCUGUAUAACACUGGGGUACAGUACUGGUGGGGACAGGUCUGUCACUGUAUAACACUGGGGUACAGUACUAUUGGGGACAGGUCUGUUCAUGUAUGACAUUGGGGUACAGUACUGGUGGGGACAGGUCGGUCACUGUAUAACACUGGGGUACAGUACUGGUGGGGACAGGUCUGUCCAUGUAUGACAUUGGGGUACAGUACUGGUGGGGACAGGUCUGUCCCUGUAUAACACUGGGGUACAGUACUGGUGGGGACAGGUCUGUAGCUAAAUAACACUGGGGUACAGUACUGGUGGGGGACAGGUCUGUAGCUAAAUAACACUGGGGUACAGUACUGGUGGGGACAGAUCGUUGAAGUGUCUUGUGUAUGCAACACAAUGCAAACAUUUGUGUACGUAAAUGUGAAUAUGAGUGAGCGUGCACUCGCUGAGCUUUCGUCAGAAGUCAUUCUGUCAUCUUCCAUCUGGACCUUAGUGUGAGGGCUGAACUAUGCUGUUCUCUCUGGGUGGUGCUGUGCCAUGUUCCUGAUUUGAGAGAACGACAUUUCCAUAUCAGUGCCUGUACCGUGUCGUGACUGUGACCCUUGCCCUCUGACACCGUGUACACGCAGUCCUCUCAAAUGUACUUCUGUUUUAUAUCAAAAAAAAGCACCCUGUAGACUUGCAGUGCCUCGAUACUAACUCUUUCCAGUUUUGUUUCCCUCCCCCUCACCAGCCCGGGGGGGAUGCGUUGCUUCUUGCUGCUCCCUGCUUUUGUGUAUGUCGAGAGGUGUUGGGGGCAGACAAAGCUGACAUCUCCAGUUGGCUGGAUGUUUUGGAAGGGUUGCAAUGGCUCGGAAUCUCCAUCCCAGGCAGCUGUGUAACUUUGGCCAGCUCUGGAGGUACCAGCCAUGAUAUUUUUCAGUUGGUGUGACGGAGAGCAGUUUGGAGGGGGACCCAGGUCAAGGCUGCGGGAGAAUCACUGGUCUGCUGUACUCUCUGUUGGAUGGAUGGGGAGGAUUGCGGUCUCUCAUCUGUCCUCCUGUGUUAGCCAAGUGGGUGUUUGUGAUGAGCGUUGACUAAAACAGUGUUACCUGUAAACUCAAACUGUGAUUUUUCUUUUUUUUUCCACCUCCCGUCUUUGUAUGUUGGCUUUUGUGUUGCCUGUGAGCAUUAUUUUGUGUUUUUUUUUAAGAAAAAGGAGAGAUUAUAUACUGUGAAGUAAAACUGUUCUAAGUUGA